UAGUUUUUUCUGCGUGUGUAGGGUGUAUGUUUAUUUUUAGCCAAGACCAACAUUAGAUAGCGACAAAGUAAUGCGAUCAGACUUAUAAAUCUCCAAUGGGGUGCAGAUCGGAACCGUUCAUUUUCGCGCCAGUAAAGGAUAUCAAAUAUUAAUUAUUGCUUUACUUGUGCACUCUCGUUUGUAUUCGUUAACAAUUUUUAGAUUUUCAGGAGUAGGGGAUUGAUUUCAUAGUGUAUUCCAUAUACAGUGUUAAAUCUUUAUUACUCGUGUACUCUUGUUUUUAAUCGUUUACAAUUUGGGAGUCGUAGUGUUUGACUUAAUUUUCAGCUUUUGUAAAUUGUUUAUCUGGAGUAGAGAAAUUCCUAGACACAAUGUAAUCAAUCUACUGUUCAAAACUUGUCACGGUACAUUGUGUACUGAUAAGUCCCCACUCCGUUAAUACUUUUCAAACACCUAACAUUCCGAUAAGCUACUUCCCGAGAUACGAAGCAAAACAGAGGUCCUUCCUAGAAAUGGGAAAAAAAACUGCGUAGCGAGUUUACAUUUCGAUCAACAGCCUUCCUCUCUGUUGUGUUUAAUAACACAGCCGAUGAAAGUAGAGAUGUAGUAAAUACGCGACGUAUAAAAUGCGGGCUCGAAUUCUCCGAAUUACGUUCCGAGGUCGUGGUAAACAUAACGAAAACAUUCGAAAGAAAAGUUGACGUUGUCGAUACCGUUGCGCGCGAUUAAACGUAAAGGAAAAAUAGUCGCGAUAAACCACGUCGAUCAGAAUAGAAGAUCGUUAGGCGUGAAUUCAUUGAAUAUCAGGGUUCGUCGCGUUAAAAUCAAUUUGAAAGCGACCAGGCGCACGUGUAGUGCGUUCUGGCAUGAUCCGCUGGCGGCUUUGAUAACACACAGAGUAGCGCCUCCUGGCGACCAGGGUAAACGGGGUAAACGGGUGACGGAUGACGGGCAACGGGUGGCCGUGCUCGGAUCUGCUCGGAUCGUGUUCGGUAGGGCGCGCGGAAGGAUGCUUUUCUGGACCAAGAAGUGAGUGCGCGAGUGCUCGCGGGUACGAAAACUUUCGCGGUGCAUAUUAAUUGCGAGAAUACUCGUUGUCGCGGUACCAAAGUAAACGUGUCGCUUCUCGUCCGCUUCUCUCUCUGCUCUUUGGCUUUGUGUUACGUUGACAGUGCUUCAGGAGUCCCGUGACUGUUGUUUUUCUUUCGAGACCGUUCGAUCAAACCGGACCUGCCACUGACGGUGGUCGAUGUGCACCGAAAACACGACGUGUCUCUCGUCGAUACUCGCGACACGUUACCCGCCAGAAAUUCCCGAUGACGGCGACGAUGACGACGUCGUCGUCGAGACACGCGCGCGUCUUUUGUCAUGGAUGAUCGAACAACAGCACCUGUCGAGGUAAAGUGGUUCACGAGGUGCCCCUAAUGCUUAACAGGUUCUCGAUGAGGCUUACGUCGACGUCGCCGUCGCCGCCGUCGUCGUCGUCGUCGUCACCGUUGUUUUCGCCGUCGUCGUUGCCACUGUUCCUACCAUCGUCACCGCCGCUAUUGUUGUCGUUGCUGGUGCCACCGCCGCUGUCGACGACGUCGUCGUCGUUCCAUUCGCCGCUGUCAUCUUCGUUGUGGUUACCAACGUGCUUGUUAUUGUUGAUAUCGGCGUAAAUAGGCUGCACCGCUUGCCAUUGCCUCUACGUUAGUCUGCUCGCGGUAUCGUUAAGGAUGGCAGGUAACAAGGCUACAGGUAGCGUCCUGCAAUUCAGACCUGUCGAGGUCUCUCAGCAGUUGCAGGAUGGAGAAAAAUUUGUCAAGUGGGACGAGGACUCCGGUAUAGCUACUCCUGUAACAUUGAGAGUAGACAAGCUUGGAUUUUACCUGCACUGGGUAGAUCAGCACAAUGAAAUGGAAAUGUUGGAUAUUGCUAUAAUAAGGGAUACUCGAACUGGAAAAUAUGCUAAAGUACCAAAGGAUCCUAAAUUGAAAUCUCUGGUGACGAUGGGCUCUCAAGACUCUUUAGAGGAAAAGACAGUAACAAUUUGUUAUGGAUCUGAUUUUGUCAACAUGAAUUUCAUCAACUUUUGUACGACACGCGCGGAAAUCGCUCAGCAUUGGACAGAGCAAAUUUUUCAGCUUGCGUAUAAUUUAACACUGCUCAAUACCAGCACAACCAUGUUCUUGCAGAAAGCACACACCAAACUUACACUUACAGCAGAUAAAUCGGAAAAGAUUCCUGUGAAGAACAUAAUAAAAAUGUUUGCACAAAAUAAAGAUGAUCGCAAGCGUGUCGAGAAAGCACUGGAUAUUUCGGGUUUUCCAUCUGGAAAAAAUGACGUAAUAUCGUUGCAAAAAUUUCAAUUCGAAGACUUCUUCAACUUUUAUAAGUCACUUACUCAGCGGUCGGACGUUGAGAAAGUUUUCGAAAGCAUCGUAGGCAAUAACAAACGUAGAUUAAUGUCCGUUACACAGUUUGUUGACUUUUUGAACAAAACGCAAAGGGAUCCACGCCUGAACGAAAUAUUGUAUCCGUACGCAAACGAGGCGAGAGCAAAAGAUAUUAUAAGUCAAUACGAACCAAAUAAAUGUAAUGCGAAUCGAGGCCAGUUGAGUUUCGAUGGUUUCCUGAGGUACUUGAUGAGCGAGGAUAAUCCAAUCGUUGCUGUCACAAAACUCGAAUUAUCGGAUGAUAUGGACCAACCGCUUGCGCAUUACUUCAUAAAUUCUAGUCACAAUACAUACUUAACAGGGCAUCAAAUCACCGGAAAGAGUUCCGUAGAAAUAUAUCGUCAAUGUUUGCUCGCCGGCUGUCGAUGCGUGGAAUUGGAUUUUUGGAAUGGAAAAUUUGACGAACCCGUCAUUGUUCAUGGAUAUACAUUUGUACCUGAAAUUUAUGCGCGAGACGUAAUCGAAGCGAUUGCCGAAAGCGCUUUCAAAACGUCGGAAUAUCCUGUCAUUCUUAGCUUUGAAAAUCAUUGUAAUCCAAGGCAGCAAGCUAAAAUAGCUCAGUAUUGCAGAGAAUUGUUCGGUGAAAUGUUACUCGACGCACCACUCGAAUCUCAUCAGUUGGAGCCUGGUCAAGAAUUACCACCUCCCAAUUUGCUGAAACGUAAGAUUAUAAUUAAGAAUAAAAAGAAGCACCAUCAUCAUCACAAGAAGCACAAAAAGAAGCAGCAAACGCCAGCAGCGGACUCCGAGGAGGGAGCUGAAGAAAACGAAGACAACGGUGUAGUAAAUCAAGCUGCUGAAGGUGAAAACGGUCCAGCGGACGUUCCCAACGCUGAAGAUGAGAAUAACGAUCAGCAAAUCGGGAACGGAGAUAUCUCGCAUCCCCCGAUGUUGCAACAACGACAGGGCAGCAAAGACAGUGCUCAAGAUGACGAUGAAGACGAAGAGGAAUCGAGCACAGAAGAGGAGGAAUCGAAUGUCGAGGAUAUCAAAUUAAGAAUGGGGGAUAAAGUGCCUGCGCCUGAUAAAGCAGCUAGUGCUAAAGAAACGGAAGCUGGAGCGGAGAUUUCAGCAUUAGUCAAUUACGUGCAGCCUGUUCAUUUUUACAGUUUCGAGUCGGCCGAAAAAAAAAAUCGUAUGUACGAGAUGUCGUCAUUCGACGAGAAACAAGCUACGACUCUAUUAAAGGAAAGGCCAUUAGAAUUUGUAAAUUACAACAAGCAUCAGUUGUCCAGAGUAUAUCCAGCAGGCACACGUUUUGACUCCAGUAACUUUAUGCCCCAAGUAUUUUGGAAUGCAGGCUGUCAGCUGGUCGCAUUAAAUUAUCAAACGCUCGAUCUCGCGAUGCAAUUGAAUUUGGGUACUUUCGAGUACAAUCAGCGUUGCGGAUACCUUUUGAAACCGGAAUUUAUGAGAAGGCGAGAUCGACGAUUGGAUCCGUUCGCUGAAUCGACAGUAGACGGUAUCAUAGCUGGUACGGUUCACAUACAUGUGAUAUCAGCUCAGUUUUUAACUGACAAAAGAGUGGGUACUUACGUCGAGGUAGACAUGUACGGUUUACCAGCUGACACAGUGAGAAAGAAAUUCCGCACGAAAAUUGUUCCGAACAAUGGCAUCAAUCCUGUAUACGACGAAGAACCCUUCGUAUUUAAAAAGGUAGUGUUACCUGAACUCGCAGCGAUCAGGAUCGCCGCGUACGAGGAGUCGGGACGUUUGAUCGGUCACAGGGUGGUGCCAGUAGUUGGUUUGUGUCCAGGAUAUCGACACGUUGCACUCAGAACAGAGUGCGGCCAACCGUUGCCGUUGGCAAGCCUGUUUCUACACGUUAUAGUGAAGGACUACGUUCCAGACGGUUUGAGCGAACUCGCUGAAGCCCUGUCGAAUCCGAUUAAAUAUCAAAGUGAAGUUGAUAAAAGGGAAAAGCAAUUGUCUGUUCUUACGGAUUGCUUGGAAGACCCGUCGGAAGAAGUUGAUGAUAAGCCGAAAAUUAGCGAAGGAGCAAGUUCCUCUAAGCCGCCUGAGGAAACUGUUAAAGCGAAGAGGUUGCAAUCCGUGGGCGAGUUGCCAUUGCUUGCUCCAACUUCUACCAACGUGCAUGGUAGACCAUCGAUUGCAGGCUUGAAUACUUCCGAUACUCAAGAAGCUGAAGAGGGAGCGCCAACCCCCACGGCUCCAGUAGUAGAUUCUUCUGCGAAUAAAAGCCCAGUUAACGCCAGCAGCGCGAGCGACGAGAUAGUGGCGGAAUCUCUAGAGAAAUUAAUGGAGAACAAGCUCGUCAGAGAGAAGAAGAUGGAGCUGGAGAAGAAGCUCGAAUCACUACGGAAGAAGCACGAAAAAGAGAAGAUGAGGGUUCAGUCGCAGAAGGGCUCCAUCGACGGUGAAAAGCACAAGUCGAAAUUUUACGUGAGUCAUAAACUGGUGAAGCGACUGUCGAGCAGAAAUAUCUUCUCCAGCGAAGUGGGUUUGAGUACGUUAGCUCUGGCGGAGACGUCCGAGUGUCCAGAUCUGGAGAACCGCGAAGGAAACGGGGGAGCACCGAAGGGAAUACCCAGAAGUCAAAGCGAACGUUUACUGGCUGUGUGCAAGGCUCACGUUCAACAGGAACGCGAGCUCCAAGAGAAGUAUUACGAAAACCUGUUCGUUACUGUGGAAAAAGUGAUGAAAACCUCUCAGUCCAAUCAAAUAAAGACAUUGAGAGUGCUUUUGGAGCGGGAGACUGCAGACGUUAUGAGAAAACUUCAGGCUACGAGGCACGGAGAGGUGAAACAGUUGGCAAAGGUCCACAAAGAUAAAGCGGAAUUAGAUCGUAUGAAGAGAGAGGUCGCGAAAUCAACUGUCGAGAAGGGAGUGAACGAGUGCACACGAUUGGCUAAAAUUUACGAGAAGAAGCGCACAGAGCUUGAACGGCAACACGAAGAGGUCAAGCAGAGGCUCGAAGAGGAAAGGGCCAAGGUGAAAGCAUCCUUGAUGGCGGAGUACAGCAGUCGAUGUAGCAAGUACGAGAGCGGUGAGUUGUCUUUGUCGCCAUCCGGUGGUACCAGUAUGCCGGAAUCGCUCAGUGGGAAUACAUAUUGACUCUAUCGAUCGAUGACUUGGCGUUGCAAGUCUCCAAGUGAUACAGUUACCGCGGAUUCGCGUACCCACGGCGGUAAAUGAACUUUACCAGAGGGUGCGAGUUUGGCUCGCGAACAUGACAAAGAAACGGAUUGCGCGUUACUUCUCCGGAAAGGGGGAGUCGUGUAACGAUGACGGUAGGGAAUUGGUGAUGUCUACGCUGUUACCUGUGUUUUGCUAACAUAAUUUUAUCCACUUUCGUGAAAGUCUUUUUUGCAAGCGUGUACAGCAGCAUUUAGAAGGGCGGUGUGCCGAGGUUCCAGACGAGCAGAACUCGUUUGCCCGCGAAGCAUUUGAUAAACAUCUCGCGCGCGCAAUUUCUUCUGGACACGAGAUACCUCGACGACGAGCAGCGUUAUGAUUAUCUAUCUACGAUAGGUACGUACGUGCACAUUUGUGAAUUUGAUCGUGUACUAACUUUUUCGGAGGGUUACGUGAUUUCGCGUAACGAUUCUCCUAUUUACUCGGAAGUCCUUUGGAAGACCUACGAUACACGGAUCGAUCGUUUUGAUCUCAAUACGAUGGGAUAACGACGCGCUUUGCGUUCCAUAGAGAAUUGGGAAGCUGCUAGCGAUAAAGUUCGCUCGAGUUUGUUUCUUUCCGGUUUCGAUAUUACUUUUUACGCACAGUAUUAAACGCACCUGUUUUCUCGUUUCGCUCAAUACCGUCACCGCUGGUAUCGAGAUAUUUCCGUUACGUUCUCAAAGUUUUCUUUUUUGUUUUCUUUAACGAAAACUUCGGAAAGGCGCGGGUGUGAACGAUCACGCGGAAGAGGUACACGAUUCUAAAUAAGAAAAUAAUCUUUCUAAGUGCUACUAUUUAAUCUUGUUAUUAUAUGUAUAAGGCGUUAUUUAAUUAGCGAAACGAUGAGCCGAGUCGCGCGUUCCGAAAGAAUUAAACAAAAACUAAUAAUAUUAUACUCGUAACGAUGCAGGAAUCGAUCGAUCGCUACAUAAUAAUCGGACCUCAGGAAGCACGAAACGUGAGAGGGAGAGAGUGAGAGAGUGCGAGAGAAAUAACGUACGUCGCGACGAGGGUGAAAUCUCUUUUUGGCCUAGAGGAUAAAGGUGACGCGUUCGAGGUUGAGGAAGAAUUAAGUUUUGGGCGCGUGCGUGAUCUGAUAUAUUUUCUGACUGAAAGUACUCCGUAUAAAGACAUUUUUUCGAUACGUUAGCCUGUAUCUAUAAUGCUAAAGAGUUCGUAUUGUAUAAAGAAAAGCAAACCAAAAAACAAAAAAACGAGGAAAUAUUGACGGGAAUGAUUUCCAGCUUUUUUUGUACCGCGGUUUCGGACUGCGGCCGAAGCGACUCGAUUUGAGGCGAGCCUCUUUCUAGGAAGACAAUCAAAAAAAUGUUACAUCGUAACAUUGUCCUUGUUGUUUUUAAUCGUAUGAUAUUUUAAGCAACUCGAUAUUACACAUACACACACACACAUAUAUAUAUAUAUAAAUCUUAAUAUAUAUAUAUAUAUAUAUAUAUUCUGAUUAGCUAUUACAAAUUUAGGAUUAAAAGUUACACACUUGAGCAUUGUAAAAUCUCUUGUGUGAUCCAUCCCCAUUAUUUAUUUCGUAAACGAAUCCCGCCGAGAUGAGCGGCAAGUAUCCGAGAAUUGCGAGCUUUUUGCAAAGUAUGGCGUGUUACAUGUACAGACACACGGAUAUAUGUACGCGCAUACGUACACGUACGUCAUACGCACGCACACACACAUGUGCAAUUAGAGCGUGAUCGUUGUCAACGCGAAGGAAAAGGGGUACCUUUGCUACUAUAAGCGUGGUCAAAAAUAUGCUGUGGAACCCGAUAGGAGAUGAUUCCUCUCGAAACAAGAAACAAUCGACUCGAAAGUGUAUAGUAGUACAAUUUGAAUCGCGCGUCAAAUUUGUAUAAAAUGUGUAGAUAUAAUAAUUGACGACUGAUCGCGAAUAUAUCGUUCUCAAAAAUACCAAUUACUUUGUAGCAGAUUCGUGAAAUCAAAGUUUAGGUAAGGGUUCGCACUUGUAUAUUCAAAAUGCACUUUCUCGUAAACGAAGGCUCACGCGAAAAGAACAUUAUUCUACGGUUUGAUUAUUUUUCUUCCAGAGCAAUCGUCUGUUCUCGGGUUUUACCGCGUAUUUUCAAACGCAUUCGUAUACUGUCGUCGUUUACGUUGCGUCGAGGGGUUACGCUCAGAUUAAUUCCCUUCGAUUUAGAGACUGAACCCGAUCCUGAGUCGUUGAUAAACUAUUUUUGGAUAGUUUCGCCACCGUUGCUUUAUUUAUUAAAUAAUCGGGAUUGUUGUUUUUAUACGACAUGGUUGCGCGAGUCUGGACAGUAUUCAGGGACAGUGCGAUCCACGCUUGGUUUCCUGGCAUUAGAGUUUCCAUAAAUCUGUCUACAGUGUAUUCAGCGGCGAAGCUAGUCACACGUUCGCGCAAGAAAUUAAUUCACGAAUGAGAACCAGACAACGCAUCAGGUUUGUCGAGACAGAACACGCGCGGAGUAACAAGAGUAAAGAGAAAUCUCAGAGUCACGGAAAUGCAUUGCUAUUAUUAGUAAAAACCGGCUGUUUUAAUUUAGGCGCCGACACAUGCAUUUUAGUUACUCUAGGAUGGUGUUACCAUACUUUUACGUAUCAGGGAGCGAAGGGAUAACUUAGCGUUAGGUAGUCGAGCCAAAGUUUCUGCUCGAGCAUAGUUUUAGGCGUCCAUCUGGAUGAAACGGUCGUACCUACGACGAGUUACCAUUUCUUUCUUAGUUUUACCCUUUCGUUUAUCGUGAUUGCAUUUCCCGAAGAGUUACCAUGUUGUUUUGCCCCCGUUCCAUGAAUGAAAAGAGAGGAAAAGCUAUGGAGUCGUAGAGGCGCACACUGGGAUGAAACAGUGAUAAUCUGUAGACGAUGAGAUAUAUAUAUAUAUAUAUAUAUAUGUAUGUAUAACGUAACUGUAGGCGUGCUGGACUACCUUUUGCGUUUCACCGCAAAGGAAAUCAAUACAUUAUAGGACAUUAUGCUAAGUCGUACGAGAUUAUCGGAUGUUUAUAUAUAUAUAUAUAUAUAACAUGCAUGUAUAUAUAUAUGUACAUAGAUAUACGUAUGGGGUGAUUUCUACAUCGAGAUCAUGAUUUUUCUUGAUAUUAAUUUUCUUUCAGCAGUUCCUGAAUCCUACCUCGCUCAAUCUUUUCUGCCUCAAUUGGGACAUCAACUUAUGAAUUCCAUGUUAACGUGACGUAAACACUUGAAGUAGAAAAAUUACGGUAGGAUGACCGCGAACUUUUUGUUACAAACAAAGCCGAUCGAUCGCUUUGUAAGAAUCGCUCUAUACAUAUAACUGUACGUGAAUGCACAUGUAACGUUUGUAUGCAUACUGUGUGCGUGUUGAUGUUUUUCCCAUCGUGUACUCGCAACGAUGCACGUUCCCCGCGUCGCCGGUUGCCGCGAUACCUGCGCGAUUCCCUUAAAUUGCGUAUUUUAUGGAGUCCAAAGACCUCGAAGACCUUGAGAAAUUAUAAACAGUUGGAAUUACGCAAAGUAAAUCGUUGUUGUCAUUGUAAAAAUAAAUUUAACUUCUCUUUGACUAUCUUUUUCCCUUUGAGAAUUUCACCGAGGUUCUCACAGUACCUGAAACCCAAGGGAAAGAUACGAAAUCGCGAGGCGCGUGGAUAUCGCGGCGACGCGAGGGCGUGCCAAUUCUUCCAACGCUUCGUAGCCGAGAUCGAAACGUUUACGAACAAUUGAACUGGGAGAGCUGUUCCUCGAUUAGCCAAGCUAUGUAUUACAUUUUCGUUCGAACGCCGACAAAAUUCGAGACGUGCAGAACGUCUGAAUCUCGUACUCGAGCUGCAUGUUCACGCGACGUUAACUCCUUGGUCUAGAAGAACGCGUUAGACGUUCGUGGUACGGAAGUGCGCAAGCGAUUUUAUACCUAACUAUGGCACUCGCGGUCCCAGAUGUUAAUUGGUGUGGCAAGGAGUUAGAGUCGCGGCAUUUUAAAAUUGCGAAUUAUAUUUUUUGCUGACGUUUCCACGCAGUUUUGUGUAAAGAAACUUGUCCAUCGCGUAGUCUUUCACUGUGCAGCUCCAUUUUCCAUUGUGCUGGAAAUGUCGUCAAAAAAUCAAACUUGCGUACAUGCAGUUUUGGCGCAUUUGGGACAAGUUUUUGACAACCUUUCAAAGUAUCAUCAAAAAUUGUUUCUUUCGAAUAUUUUAUUUUCCGCGGCGUUCACUGCGCGGACGCAGCGUAUUCGCUCAGGACGAAGUGUUUCGUCCUCUUCCUAUAUUCCUGUAAUAUACAUACCGCGCAAUGCACGCAUUUGCGCUCCGAAAGCCGUCUAAACGUAUUUGGUUACCUGCGUUAUGUAUAUUACACACGUGUACCUAACGUAUAAGCGUAAAGACUAGGUUACGAGGACAGAUAUUAUAUAUAUUCACGUUGAUA